GACGACGGUAACGCAGAAACCGACUUCCUUUCCAACGAAAGCGGCUACAGUGUCCACAUCACCGGUUUUAGCGCUGGACCUCGAAAAUGGCACCACGUAGAAGCAAGAGCAGCAAGAAUCCUCCGAUUUUCAGCCAUGACUUCUUUAUUCAAAACCAUGCAGACAUUGUGUCGUGUGUUGCAAUGGUGUUUGUCAUCGGACUAAUGUUUCAGGCUACAAGUCCGGUGGCAUCACUAUUUGUUGCAAUGCAGCACAAUGUUUCACGGAAUGAUUCAGCUGAAGAGGAAGUCACGCUUUACACCUGGGGCAAGAAAGAUGUUUUCUCUGUUUUUUUCUACUUCCUCAUCUGCAUCAUUGUUCAUGCUGUCAUUCAGGAAUAUGUCCUUGAUAAAAUGAAUCGCAAGAUGCAUUUGUCCAAAGUAAAACACAGUAAAUUCAAUGAAUCCGGGCAGUUACUUGUAUUCUACUUGGCUUCAGCUGUUUGGGGUGCUGACAUCAUUUUAAGAGAAGGCUAUGUGACUGGAAUCAGUCAGCUUUGGGAAGGUUAUCCAAAGGACCAUGCAGCCAUUCCAUUCAUGGUCAAAUUUUUCUUCAUAAUUCAGAUUGCUUACUGGCUCCACUGCUUUCCAGAGUUGUAUUUCCAGAAGGUUAAAAAGGAUGAAAUACCAGGCAGAGUUCAAUAUGCCACUCUUUACUUGGUUUUUAUCAUUGCUGCAUAUGUUUUGAAUUUUAACCGUGUGGCCUUGUGCAUGUUGGUUCUGCACUAUACUGUGGAAUUUGUUUUUCAUGGUGCUCGGCUCUUUUAUUUCUCAGAGAAAACAGACUUGGCAUCCACAGCGUUCCGAGUGUUUGAUGUUCUGUUUGUGUUAGUUCGGCUGGGUACUAUUACACUUGCUGUUCUCACAUUCUGGUAUGGCUUGGAGCAGACAAGCGAACCAAGCAUCGAUAUUGUAUCAGGCAACUUUAACACUCAGCUUGUCAGGAUCAACUGCCUGGCAGCAUCUUGUCUGAUGCAAGCCUGGUUGAUGUGGAAUUUCAUUACAUUCCGCCUACGCAAACUCAGAGAGCAAAGCGUUGCUAGUCGCAAAACACGCUCCCCAAGCAAGAAAAAAGCAGUGACUAAAGCUGUGUCAGCAGAUGAAGAUAUCAGCUCCCUUCCGGAAGUGGACCAGAAUUCAGCCACUGAAAAUGGCAGCUUGCGAUCCCGCCCCAAAGGGAAAAAAGCACUUUGAUUGGAUUAGCAUGAGAACGUGUGCACAGAACUACACAUCAUGUUGAGAAUUACCUGCUUGUGUUGUUACUCAUGUGGUUUAUUGUAAUGUUUAUAUGUGUACGAAUGCACUAUUGAAUAUUAUGACAUGCAUGUGUGUGUAUGUGUGUUUGUUGUAUUACAAUAUCAGUUCUUUAGUCUAUACAAAUUUAUCUUUCUGUACUUUGUCAGAUGUAUUACCUAUUAGUUUUUCUUCUCUGAGCUAUAAACUUUAUUUCCCCAAACUUAUGCUACCAUAUUCAUUCAAGCUGUUCACUGUAUUAGUUUGUGUAUUCUACCAUUAUUUUCACUGUCUUACUAACAGUACGACAACAUGGUUUGUGUAGUUUUAAUGUUGCAUUUGUAUGUACUUGAUUUUCUUCCUCUUAAAACUUGUUUCUAUUGAUGUUUGUGGCUGUGUAUAAAAAAAUUCUAAAAUGUUUUUUUUUCUUUUUUUCUCAAAGAAGCAGUGCAUCAUUUCAGUCAAAAUGUAUUUGGUAUGGGCGCUUCUUGUGAUUUGUCCUUGUAAAGAUUGCUGACUCAUUUUUAAAUCUCUUGCUUCCAUAUGUAGAGCUAUAAGCAAAUGCUAAUGCAAUCACAGCUACUUUCAUUUUUUUUUAAAAGUCUUUUGUGUCAAUUGGCAUAAAAAGAUUUUUUUCAGGAUGAACAGGAAAAUAUCCUUUCAUUUAUUUUUCAAGAGUUUUUCCAGACUAAACUGCAUGAUCACUCAGUACUCUCGUCUUUAAUAACAUUAAAAUUUACAAAGGAAAUUGUUGAAUCCUGUCUUACAUUUAUACUACUGGUGACUUAAACUAGGAAUGGAAACUUUGCAAAACAUCUGAAUAUAGGAAAAUACUGUUGGGUUAGGAUUUUAAGGGGUUUUUUGGGGGUGGGUGGGGGAUAUAAAUAUGUUAACUUUGCUGAAUAAAAGACAAAAUACCUUUAAACCAUAAAAAAUAUGUGUCCUUGGUGGAUGUCAUAGGUUAAUAGUUGAUGGGCUCCAAGUUUUAUCAAAAGGUCUUCUGGCAGUUCAGCUCUGCUGUUUGUGCAAGUGCCUUUCAUUUAGGUUAUAGGAGUAUGCAAACAUCAAGUGUGUGGACCUCCCACCACCAAGUAAACUCUAAAUCUUUUUUAACAGAAUUCCAUGCUGUGUCACUUGGCAAGCUUGCCCAUUACCAGGUCCACCUUUGUGAGAAUAUGUCAUUUUCACUUUUAUUAGCCCUGGCUCAUUAUUCAAGGCAAAUCUGGAAAAUGACAUGAGUAUUAUUGUGCUUGCCCCUCCUGCCCUCUUGGACCUCAACACCACCACCUAUUUUUUUUUUUUUUUUCUUUUGUAGCAAGGAGUGAUCUCUGGCCAGCUAUUUUUCAUAGCUAUAAAGGGUUUCUCCAUCUCACAUAUCAAUCCCCUUAAUCUUUGUGACUAGGGUGCUGUUAGUAAGUCAUUAUAUUUAUAAUAGCAGACAGUGUUAUUCAAUAGCUGUAUGUCAUGGAAAAAAUUUAAAUGUAGCUUGUGUUUCAAUCAUUUUUUUUGUUUACUGAAUUCUGGUGUACUCUUGAACAGGAAAGAGUGAAAGGAAAAUUGGUGUAUACAUUUGAAAAAUGAAGGUUUUUAGAUUUUUCUGUUUCUUUCUGGCAUUACUUCCUUAUUUCUGUCCUUAAUUUUGUUAACGAGCUUUUCCUAAGUAUUACAGCUUCAAACUUACUGACUUAGUGGAUAACUUUAUGCAUCAUUUAAAAAAUUUUUGAUAAUGCUGUGGGAUUUUCUUCACCUUGCCCCUGUAAGACAAUAAUUUAUAUACACUUUUCCAUGUGUUUUGGAAAAGAACAGUAGAGAGCGAGGCAAAAGACAUUGGAACCACAUGGGCCCAACAGAAGGGGGCUACCCAAAACCAGGUCCGUUGGCGAAGUGUUGUUGCAGCUCUAUGCUCCUCAAAGGAGCAACAAGGAAUAAACUAAACUAGUUUUCCGUGUUUGGUCUAGUCAGUUCCCCUGACUCCCUUUUUGUCAUAGUGUUUAUCUGUAUAAUUGAAAGCUAAAUUUUUAAAAAUUAUAUUUUUAAAAAACAUUUUCUAUAAAAUAUGUACCAAAGAUUAAAGCAUAGUAAUUAUAAGUGAAUAUUGUAACCUUAAAUGUGUAGUGAUACUUCUCAUUUACAGGUAUUGAUUACAACAUAGACUAGAAUAACCUUUCUUAUGUUGCUAAAGGUAGUAAACAUGUUGAGUAACUGUGAAUUAUGUUAUAAAAGUAGGCUGUGUUUGUGACUUUUUUUUUUUUUAAAACAAAACAUUAUACAAGAGCAAGCCCUAGUUGAGCACAGCAUAAAACACAAACAUACUAGAGCGGGUACCACAGCCUGACCCAUACCAACAGAUGGGAACUAGGAACUCCUACACAGCAUCAAAAAAUAACAGCUCUUCUGAAGUUAGUAACAACAUAUGGAAUUGAGUGUUGCCAUAAGUUACUAAACCAGCGCACAGUUACAAGCGUAGAGCCUUUCUAUCAGUAGGUAGAAAAUUCCUAUGGCACACUAUACCAGACACAUAGAGCAAAGUAAACUAAGGGAAAAUUUCUGAUGUAUUUGGUUUUUGUUUUGUUUGUUUAUAUUUUUUGUGAGGAAUUUAAUGGUGGUGGUUUUACAGAAAAUAAGAUGGGUUGGGUUUUUUUCCAUUUCUGUAGACUUUAUUUAUUCUUGUAUGUUAAUGUCUGGGGAAAAAAAAAUGUGUCCACAGAUAGGAAGAGAAGCAUGAUGCUUGUUGUAAACAUAAUGACAUGCUUUUUCUUUUGUUUAUCUUGUUUCUAUUUUCAUCAUGAAGAUAGUUUGGUCUUUUGUUUAUUAGUCCCAUGUUCUCUCAAUAAACUUAAAAAUUAUUAAAAAAAACAGAAGGUUUAUUCUGAAAUUUGUCUUAAAUGUUUUCAAAUUUCUUGAUUACUUCUGUUUUGUCUAGUCACGAGUGUCACCUGUUAUGUCUAAAAUGCCUUGUCCCCAUCGCAUUGUACAAUGACCCCGUUCCAAGCUUUUAAGGUUGGCCUAAAGACCCAUCUCUUUCGUGAAUACCUCCAGUAGCUGGUAGUCUUUAUUUCGCUAUGUUGAUCUUUCUUUGCACAUUUUCUUUAUUUUUGUUGUUUGCAAACCAUGUUACUGUAUUAGUCUUGCUGGGCAGUUGCCAUAGAAACUGCUAUACAAGGUUUUGGAAUAAGCUUGAGAAUUUAUUAAUUUUAUUUAAUAGGAAAAGGGGAUGAAGUUCACUGUCUGCUUAAACCUAAAGGAAUAAAAUUUGUACCAAGCUCUGUGGACUAUAGCAAAUAUAUAUCUGAUAGACAUGCACCAGUGAAAUUCACCAUCAAUGAAUGCACAGUAUUAGAAAUGUUAUGGUCAUGAGAGGAAAGGCAGGCACUUUAUUUUGGAAUGUUAAUGUUUGGUUUGAAGAUCAUUUCCUUAAGCCACCAUCCCAGUCAUGCUUUGAAAACCCCAAAUCAGUUUUACAAAGAUUGAAAAUAUUUUGAUACUUAAAGGGUUUUUCACAUGCUGCAUGCUAUGUAAACAUUUUUGGAAUCCUUUUAUUUUCCAGUCCUUUAAUUUUCAUGUACUUCCCCUGGCCUUCAUCCCUAUCUCUCUGACAUGGAAUGGUACACUGGUGACAGUUAAGUGUUUGUUAUCAAUACAAUGGGAAUAAGGUGUCCUGAGUUCAGAUCUCAUCUCAGGCAGACUGGUUUUUCACUGCAUGUAGUACCUGUUGAAAAGGGUCGGCUAUUUUGCCAUGGUUGCUGGCUCAGAAUAUAACAUCUCAAGCUUCCUCUUAUGACUUGAGUGCACUGCUAACUGCAUACUUGGAGUUUUCAGUUUUGUUGCAUGCUUUUCAUGGAGAUUGUUUUUAAAAAGAAACUUAAUGUUUACUCUUCAUGGAAAACAAAAUGCCUGCAUCACUAUGCUUGCUUGUAUCUUGGAAGGUUUUUUGUUUUUUUUUAUCAGACAGUUUAGAGCGUAUGUGUCUCUGGAACAUUUUUCCAGUGGAGUCUUGGCAAUAAGCUGUUGUUAAGCAUAAGUUGCUCUAUGCUUGUGGUUCAUUGCUAUGAAGUGGUACAUCUAGAAAUAUCGGUGAUCAUUAAAUGUGGAAUGAGCUUCUUUAGUUCUUGUACUUAAUCUGAAACAUCUUCCAAAAAUAGGAGCUCUCUAGUGGCUGUAAGUUAAUUCUUUGUCUUAUCAGGAUUUAUCCCAGCAUCAAACUUCCCAUUUUUAAAACAAGUAUUUGUCCACACCUAUCAAGGGUGCUAUGAUAACUGUUCUAAAUAACAUUGUAUUUAUUUUUAGGAAAGUGUUCAUAUUUUAGAAAUUAGAAGUGGACUGAUGAUAAAAGUACUAAAUGCUUACUGUGAUUGGGUUUACGGAAUACAUGUGUUCUUGGAAUAUAGUGUUUUCUCCCAUUAAAAUCUUUGCAAGUAUGAAAACUAAAAAUGUUCCUACAAAUAUAAUUCUAUGUGCAUAAUGUGAGUAAAGUCCGAGACUUCUUACGAUCAUUGUGAAAAUCUGAAAUGUCAUUUAUUAAGCUGAAUUAUAAUGUUAAAUGCAUCAAAUAAGGAAGAAUAUUUUUUCAGAAAUCUGAAUGGUUUGAAGCAAGACUGGUUCAUGUUUUGGCACUUGGACAAUAAGUUUUCUUUUUACAAAAUAACCAUGUACUAUUUUUGUGUAUGGUGACAAGUACUCUGGCAGUGCUAUUCUGCAUGAAAUAAACAUCGCGUAGUGUUAA